AUGUCGAAACAAUAUCUCUCGUGGGGCUCCGCGGACAAUGCGCACCCAAUUGAUAUCUUCUCGUUGGCUGUGACGGAUAAGCAAAUUCUGUCCGCCUCGGGUGCUUCUUCCAUUCAGGUCCAUUCCACUACGGACCCAGACUUUCCCUUGACUCAAACCAUUGAAGGGGCUCAUAAAGUUGGCUGCCAUCAUAUCGUGACUGACGGACGCGGUACAAGGGCCAUCAGUGUGGGAUUUGGUGGUGAGAUUCAGAUCUGGAUUUGCCGUGACGGAACUUGGUCCCAUGAUGAUGCGGGUCCAGGAAUUGCAGAUUUUAGUGAGGUUUGGGCUGUUGCUCUGUCAGAAAAUGGGCAGUUCCUUGCUGGUGUUAGUCAAGAUGGUCACAUCAAAGUCUGGGACUUAAACGCCAGUGGUGAACAGAUACAGGACUAUGAGACCCAGGGCAGCUUCGGUACAUGUUUGGAUAUAUCUGCGGAUGGUCGUCUCAUCGCCAGUGGACACGAGAAUGGUAGCGUCUACAUCUUCAGUACUGAAACCGGUCGUAUGCCAUUUUCCUUGUCAGGUCUUGUGAAGCCCGUACGAACCGUUGCUUUUUCUCCUGCCGGAAAGCUCCUCGCUGCUGCCGGUGACUCUAAAGUAAUCGUGCUAUUUGACACCUCGUCUGGAGAACAAGUCGCAAAUCUGUCCGGUCAUUCAGCGUGGAUCCUGUCGCUUGCGUGGAGCACCACAGGAGAAUAUCUCUUGAGUGGGUCAUUUGAUGGAAAGGUUAAGGUCUGGUCGAUAGAUACCAAAACAUGUGUUGCCACGCACUCCGAGACUGAAAAGGCCGUUUGGAGUGUCAAGUGGCUUCCAAAAGUUGGAAGGUCUGAGGGCUUCGCUACUGCGGGAGCAAAUCGAAGCAUAGCGUUCUACCGAGAAGCUACGGGGGGUUAA